CUGGACCAAAACAGGAACUGAGACAUGGCAUCAGUGUUCGGCGGAGUAGAGGGUGGAGGGACCCACUCCAAGGCAAUUUUGGUGUCAGGAGAUGGGAAGAUCCUGGCAGAGACAGAGGGACCAUCUACCAACCACUGGUUAGUGGGGGUGGACAAAUGUAUCGAAACCAUCAACGACAUGGUCCAGAGAGCCAAGGUGGAGGCAGGACUGGAUCCAAACACACCGCUGUGCUCCCUGGGCAUGUCUCUGAGUGGAGGGGAGCAAAAGGACGCCAUCGACAAACUGAUCGCUCUCAUGAAGGCGCGCUUCCCCAGCCUCAGCCAGCACUACUUCAUCACCACUGAUGCCAUCGGCGCCAUGGCGACCGCCAGUGAUCGUGGAGGUGUAGUGUUGAUAUCAGGGACCGGCUCUAACUGCAAAUUAGUCAAUCCCGAUGGCUCGCAGAUCGGCUGUGGAGGCUGGGGUCACAUGAUGGGUGACGAAGGAUCGGCGUUCUGGAUCGCUCAUUUGGCGGUGAAGACGGUGUUUGAUGCCAGGGACAACCUGGUCUCUCCCCCUCAUGAUAUUAACCAUGUCAGAAAAGCCAUGGAGGAGUACUUCCAGGUGUCAGAUCUGAUGGGCAUGCUGCCGCACCUCUACAGAAACUUCCAGAAGUCACACUUUGCAGGUUUCUGCAAGAAGCUGGCUGAAGGUGCAGAGGCCGGGGACGCGCUGUGCCAGUAUGUGUUCACUCAGGGUGGGAGAGUCCUGGCAAAACAUGUGGAAGCAGUUUUACCUGCAGCACAGGAGCCUCUGCUGAGCGGAGGCCACGGUCUGCCCAUCCUGUGUGUGGGUUCAGUGUGGAAGAGCUGGGAGCUUCUGAAGCCAGGGUUCACCGCGGUCCUUGAUAAAUUGGCAUCAUCUGACAAGUUCAAGGGCCGUUUCCAUGGCUACAGCCUCUUGAUUUUGCGGCAGUCGUCGGCACUCGGCGGCGCCAGUCUAGGGGCUCACAGUCUAGGCUCCGCCAUAACUAUGGAUUACACAGCCAACGCCACCGUCUUCUACCAACACACCUUCAACAGCAGCCAUUGAGAAUACAGUGCAGAGAAAUGUAUUAGCCAGUUUGUAAUUAUUAGUAUCACUGCUAAUAAUGCUAAACCAUGAUGAUAAUCAUAAGAUGGAUCCUGUCACUCUGGUGUAGCACCUGAUUUGAUCUCACUACAAGAUGCCAACACAGUGGCUGAAGAUAUUCCAGACUGUAGGUGUUUUAUCCUUAUCAGCUGCAUGGCAGCUACCAUGACAACAGAACUGAUAUUACUUUCAUUUUACUGUCAUUCCAAACCUUUGCACCUUUGUAACACCUGUUCACAUCUGACAUUUGUAAUAAAAAACUACUGUGA